UCCCGGAUGGCAGAGCUUCUCACCCUAUCUCUAAGGGAGAGACCCGCCACACGGCGGAGGAAACUCAUUUGGGCCGCUUGUACCCGUGAUCUUAUCCUUUCGGUCAUGACCCAAAGCUCAUGACCAUAGGUGAGGAUGGGAACGUAGAUCGACCGGUAAAUUGAGAGCUUUGCCUUCCGGCUCAGCUCCUUCUUCACCACAACGGAUCGGUACAACGUCCGCAUUACUGAAGACGCCGCACCGAUCCGCCUGUCGAUCUCACCAUCCACUCUUCCCUCACUCGUGAACAAGACUCCUAGGUACUUGAACUCCUCCACUUGGGGCAGGGUCAUAUUGUUAUUUCUUGACUUUGGAGGUAAAAGGAAGUUGUCAAAAUAAAAGCCUGUCUAAAGUCACAGCUCUGCAUCUGAGUCCAAUCCGUUUACCAAGCGUGACAGUGGUAGCAUGUGCAGGAGUGUUAAUAGCAUGGUGGAUGUCCGCUUGUGCCCUGUGGAAAUAAUAAUUAAAGUGAGCAAGUUGUAACUAAUCGACGGCCUCGUCCUUCCGACCAAAGAGCGGAGUUUUAUGGACCCAGUGUUAGCCCCGACAAAACAUGGGCCCAGGAGGGAAGGUUUCCCCUGCGCUCCUCGACCACGGUCUGGGAGCCCACAAACAGGAAAGGUGUAAAGCAACCCUUGCAGAGCGGCGGCUCCCUGUUUAAAGUGUCACCUUUAUUGUUAGUUUAGAAGCCCAAAUACCUCCAUAUUGCACUUCACACACCCUCUUUAUUAACCAGUAGAAUUGUCCUUUGUUGCCUUUCUUCCUCUCCACGAUGUUAUUGCUUGUAUGCACUUUGUGUGUGCGUUUUGACACACUCAACAUCAUGCGCCUCGGCUCUGUAGUCACCGCCACACAGCAGCAUUCAGAUGAAAGAACGGUACCAGUACUUUUCAAAGGUGGUGUAGUACCGACUUCAAUUGACGUCCAACAACUAAUCGGUAAUCCAGAAGAAGUUUCCCCUCAGUCAGGGGGGAGCUCCACUUUGAAGCAGGAGACUCCACAACCACCCUGCAUUAAAAAGGAAGAGGAGGAACUCUGCAUCACUCAGGAGGGAGAGUGUCUUCUAGGACGAGAGGAAGCUGAUUACACCAAGUUUCCACUGACUGUUGUCUCUGUGAAGACUGAAGAUGAUGAAGAGAAACCACAAGUAGACAACCUCUUAGCUCCACUAUCAGGUAGUGAGGCUGAAGAUGAGGUUGAAGUAACUUUGAGCAGCGAUACAGACUGUGAAGGUGAUAUGAGGACUCACAAAAAACACUCUGAAUUCUCUACAAAGAAGAGAGGUAAAACAUGUUUGAGCUGCUCAGUUUGUGCUGAAACUUUUACUAACAAGAGCAUUUUAAAUCGACACAUGAGAACACACACAGGUGAAUAAACAUUUAAUUGUUCA